AUGUCUGAUUCCAGCGAUAAGAAGGGCAAGGCUCCCAAGCGCAAUGAAGAUGCGUCUGGGUCUCCAUCCGACUCUGCUACAAAGCAACUUCCCGCGAAGCUUGCUUCCUUACUCCUCGAACAAAACCCUGCCCUGAGAAACGAGCUAGCGGCGAUGGAUAAGGACCAGGCUGCCGCCAUCCUGCACAAUAUGGACCUCUCGCAGAUGCUGACCGGAUUGGCAGUGGGGGGUAAGAACCAGAAGGAUAUGGCCUCGUAUAAGUUCUGGCAGACUCAGCCAGUGCCUGCUUUUGAAGAGGCUGGAAAGAAGGAGAUAACCCAGGGACCUAUCAAGAUCAUCGACCCAGAGAAGGUGUCCAAAACUCCCGAUGCGCUCAUUGAGGGAUUCGAAUGGUGCACUCUUGACUUGACGAACGAGGAGGAGCUGAAAGAGCUCUACGAACUUCUCAACAAGCAUUACGUUGAGGAUGAUAACGCCAUGUUCCGUUUCAAUUACUCGCAGUCCUUCCUUCAUUGGGCCCUUAUGUCUCCCGGAUGGAAAAAGGAAUGGCAUGUUGGUGUGCGCGCUACCAAGUCGCGCAAGCUUGUUGCAUCCAUUUGCGGUGUCCCGACUGAACUCCGCGUCCGCGGCGAGCGUAUCAAGGUCACAGAGAUCAACUUCCUGUGUAUCCACAAGAAGCUCCGCUCCAAGCGCCUGACCCCCGUUCUGAUCAAAGAGAUCACCCGCCGCUGCUACCUCAGGGGCAUUUAUCAGGCCAUCUACACCGGCGGUAUAAUUCUGCCCACACCCGUCAGCUCUUGCCGAUACUACCACCGUUCUUUGGAUUGGUUGAAGCUCUAUGAUGUUGGCUUCUCGCCUCUGCCCCACGGCUCGACUAAGGCCCGCCAGGUUACUAAGAAUCACCUCCCUAGCGAGACAGCUACCCCCGGCCUGCGGCCCAUGGAAAUCAAAGACAUUGAUGCCGUCUAUGACCUGCUAGAGCGAUACAUGCGUCGCUUCGAUUUAAACCAGGCCUUUACACGGGAAGAAAUCGACCACUGGUUGGUGUACAAGAAGCAGCCCGGCAAGGACCAGGUUGUCUGGUCAUACGUUGCCGAAGACCCGGAAACCCACAAGAUCACCGACUUUGUAUCGUUCUACAAUCUCGAGUCCACCGUAAUUGACAACCCCAAGCACGAGGCCGUCCAUGCUGCAUAUCUGUACUACUAUGCGACCGAGAGCGCGUUCUCCGAUGACAAGAAGGCUUUCAAGGAGCGCUUGCAGCUCUUGAUCAACGAUGCCCUGAUUUGCGCAAAGCAGGCCCAUUUCGAUGUCUUCAAUGCUCUCACCUCGCAUGACAACCCCCUCUUCCUCGAAGACCUCAAGUUUGGUGCGGGUGAUGGCCAGCUCCACUUCUACCUAUACAACUACCGUGCUGCACCUAUUGGUGGUGGAAUUAACGAGAAAAACUUGCCCGACGAGUCCAAGAUGGGAGGCGUCGGUAUCGUCAUGCUGUAA